AUGGCUGUCCCGCUCGGAGCCACGCUCGGCGUUCCCGGCAAGGACCUGCCAGAAGACCAACAAGUCGCCUUGCAACGCAACCACGAUGCCGAUUUCCCUGUCGAACCCAUCGCUGUGCAUACCAAACAUCUGUCGACCUCAACAGACCCCCACGACGAGAAGCAUGCCGCCAAAGCGCAUUCAAUAUCAAGUAGCUCCAGCGGCAUCGUUCAUUCCCAUGACCAGCAACGACAACACGACCUCGAGAAAGGUGCCUCGACAACCAUCACUACCGCCAACGAAGAACCCUCCGACCCCAACAUCAUCGAUUGGGACGGUCCCGACGAUCCCGCCAACCCACUGAACUGGUCCUCCCUCAAAAAAUUUGGCAACCUCUUCAUCCUCUCGAUGAUGACCUUCCUCACGCCGCUCGCCUCCUCCAUGUUCGCGCCCGGCGUACCCCAGCUCAUGCACGAAUUCGACUCGAGCAGCACGCUCCUCGCGACCUUUGUCGUCUCCGUCUACGUCCUGGGUUUCGCGAUCGGGCCGCUGAUCGUUGCACCCUUGUCGGAGCUGUACGGUCGUCUGGCCAUUUACCAUACGUGUAAUGUGGGCUUUAUCGUCUUCACCGUCGCGUGUGCGUAUGCGCCGAAUAUCACGGCGUUCAUCGUUUUUCGCUUCUUUCAGGGGUGUUGGGGCGUGGCGCCGUUGACCAUUGGUGGUGGGACGAUUGUCGAUAUGGUACCUGCGGAGCGACGAGGGCGGAUAAUGUCGGCGUGGUCUCUCGGCCCUCUUAUUGGGCCUGUCAUCGGUCCGGUUGCUGGAGGAUUCUUGGCUGGCAGCGUAGGUUGGCGAUGGAUAUUCCUGGUAAUCUCCAUCGCCAGUGGAGUCGUCACCCUCGUGGCUUUCGUCGUGCUCCGUGAAAGCUAUCCCGUCACCCUCCUCGCAAACAAGACCAAACGUCUGCAAAAGGAAACGGGCAACAUGGAUCUCCGGUCCAAACUCGACCUCGGUCUCACGCCGAAAGCACUCUUCAUCCGAUCCAUCAUGCGUCCGACCAAAAUGUUACUUUUCUCGCCCGUCUGCGCUCUGAUGUCCCUAUUCAUGGCCGUCCUAUACGGUUUUCUGUACUUAUUGUUUACGACCUUCACCUACGUCUUCCGGGACGUCUACGGCUUCGGGGCCUCGACCGUGGGCCUCACCUACCUGGGUUCGGGCAUCGGCUUCUUCAUCGGCUUGGGCGUCAUGGCCUUCACCUCCGACUCCCUCCUCGCCCGGCUGACGGCCAAGAACGGCGGGGUCAUGAAGCCCGAAUACCGCCUCCCGCAGCUCGUCUGCGCCGUCCCGCUGCUCCCCAUCGCGUUCCUCAUCUACGGCUGGACCGCGGAAUUCCACGUCCACUGGAUCGUGCCCAUCUUCGGCACCCUAAUACUAGGCAUCGCCUUGAAUAUCGCUUUCAUGGCGGUCUGUACGUAUCUGGUGGAUUCCUUCACGAUUUAUGCUGCGAGUGCCAUGGCGGCGAAUACAGUGCUCCGGUCACUGUUCGGUGGGGUCAUUCCGUUGUUCGGUCUGCAGAUGUAUAAUAAGCUGGGACUGGGUUGGGGCAAUAGUCUUCUGGCCUUUGUGGCGCUGGCGCUUUGUCCGAUCCCUUGGUUGUUCUAUGUCUAUGGGGAGAGACUGAGGACGAGUAAGAGGUUUCAGGUCACGUUCUGA